ACCGUUUCUCUUUCUUUUUCUUUAAACACCACCCGUUUCCCAUCUCCGUCCAUCCUACACAUCAACUCUCAUGUCUGCACCCUGACCUAGGAACACCUGCUCUAACAACGCGGGCCGUUGAACCAGUCUCUCUCGCUUGGUUAGCAUCGACCGGUCCGUCCAUCUUGGUCUAGAUGUGGUAGUGGCUUAGACAGGCUGUCAUCAUCUUGGCCUUCCCAUCGUUGCCAUCGCCAAUAUCUCCAGGACUACGCCUUCACUGCCCUGGUUGAACCGACAAAUCUUAUUUACCGUCCUACCGAGGCUCUACCCCGGAAUAACACAAGAUAUCCACACGGCACUGAUUGCCACACGACAAUAGGGUGCGAAAGCCAAAGGCCUACCAACCUGAUAGUCAUACUGGUCUUCGAACAACAUAGCCAGGCGAGUCUUCCGGGUGCCCGCUAUCCCCACACUGUCUGUGUCUUGCCGUUGCCAUCGGAAGGUUGCAAGCACCCGUCUCUACCAACCUCAACCAACCACUGGUAGGACCAAGCAGAAGUUGUCAAACGGCUGCGCGAGUCCACACUUUCUUCCUCCUUGCAAGGAUCAACUGGGGCAGUCCUGCUCCCAUCUUGCUCUCCUCUUUGCCCCAUCGCCAGGCCAGCCACUUGUUUCGAAGAGGUUUGUGCGUGCCAAAGCAUUUGUGCUAUCACCACUCAGACCGGCACCCAUCUCUAGUAUCAAGUCAAGCUCCCGCAUCGCUUUACUUUUCGACGUAGGGGGCGCGCUUUGCAACGCUGAAUCCUUUGACCCAACAAUUUCAGAAAGGAAUAUUGAGCAAUAUUCAUCCGAUAGUUUUGCGCUCUUCAUUCGGGCCUGUCUCAGUCUUGAUCAAUAAACAAAGACUUUGCCACGAUCCGACUGUCUCCACCUGUGCAAAGUCUACCAAACACCUCUGGCUCCAUCUCUAACAUUAAGGACGCCAUUCUUUGUCUCUAUGCUUGGAUAGAUCCACUUAAUCUUAGCCUUGAUCCAUCCAAUCUUUCUGUUUGGCAGUGGUCCCAGCUUGUCUCCGGUCCCAGCACGUUCCCGGUCCCUUUGCACGACUGGGGAAGAAUCUGUCUUGCCUGGCCACUACUCUUGAAACAAGUCCUAGCCUUUGGCUCACUUUGUGGUUCACAGCUGCACGUCGAGGCAGAACUGGUUCGACCGAACAUCAACAAUCUAUCCCACCAACACCCAGAGACACUUGCCAGCUUUGUUUUGGUUCAAAGGAUCAUUCUCCGUCUCAGCCAUUUUUUUUUAAUUUGAGACGACUGUUGUUUUCAUUGUACAGUCAACCAGCCUGGUAGGCUCAUUGAAGAAUAAAUCAGCACCCAUCCCGGCCAUUACAUCUUAUCUGCUUAACGAUCUGGUGUUCCUCAACUUCACUUUGGCCGUCACUCUUUCUUGAUCACGUCGACUCUGCUCGAAACAUAAGUACUUGUCGGAACUCACGAACGGAGGUGCCAGCCAUGGUCAAUACAUACGGGCAUGGCCAUUACGCUCGGCCACAAUGGACGACGGAGAGACCUAAUGGCGAACACAUGCCAGACAAUGGUCGUUACUACGAUACAGGAAUCAGGACCCCGCCACCUACAAUUAGUGAAGUAUUGCGUGAGCAGUGCAAGAUAAACCACCAGAGCUUCUUCCUUGCUGUUCUCACCGAAGAUGGUCAUACGGUAUACUUUACGGGACCGAAUAAGUUGCCAGAGGGUGAAAUCCAAAGAUACUUCGACAUGGAUCGAUUUAUCCGCUAUCAAAAACGGGCUGCUGAGAAUGGCCUCGCUGGGGCCUACGAUGAGAUGUCGUUCGGACCAGAGUAUCAUGGGCGUCGCGGGUGUGACCGCCGCAUGGAAACAGCCGAACAGUUCUACGAUCACGUGCCACCAACAUAUCGGACCCGAAAGCGCCAGAGGGCCAACGUCCCCAGACGUGUUCGCGAUGAUGACGAGCCGGCAGUGACCGUAUCCGCGAAGAAAGGCAUACGAAUCAAUAACGCGCAGGAAGUGUGGGAUUUCUAUGAUCAGCGCUUCAAGAAGAUACAGCAGAACACAUGCAAACUGAUUGCCAAAGCGUGGAUCAAGGCGAUUGCACCAAAGAAGCAGUCCACACAUCCCUACACAGGAACCAAAAUUCCCGACUGGUGGCCAAAGCCUCUGGGCCCAACCAAGGAUGAGGGCAUGAGGCACAAGGAGCCGGACCACCUGUUCAAACCAGAGCGCCUCCGUCUGUUAUGCCACUUGUUGAGACUCAUUGUCGAGCCAAACUCUCAGCAGCAUCCGAGCAUUCGGGCCCAAGAACUCACUGUCGCCAAGUUGGAGGAGUUGACAAUGGAGGCAAUGGGAGGCUUUUUCAGCGACAGGGCCAAUCCCAACCAAGCGAAAAAGAAACCCUUUUUAAAGGAGAUCUUCAAGGUUGCUAAGGUCGAAGAACAGUAUAAGAGGGGUGAAAUAGAUGGCGAUACGGUCGUAUACGUCAUGGCCGAUAACAACCAAUCAGACUUCCCCUCCGACGAUGAAGACGAUGCGUGUAGAGAGGAGGAUGACGAGCACCAUCUUUCGGUAAUUCCAUCCCGACUCUCGCCUCCCAAAACAACUAUGCCUCACGCCCUCAUGCCUAUUCCGACAACUGACCACAGCCCGACUACCAACAUUCAACCAGGCUUCGUUAGCGAGAUGUCGAUUAGAAAUCAAUAUCCAACUACUCUGAUGCCGCCAGAUCUCACAUCUGACCAGCACUAUGUGGAAAAUGGGGGGAUUCCGGUGGGAGGUCAAGCAUCUCUGCAGCAGCAUGGAGCGCCUGUUCAGAUGCAGGAAAUGAUACCAAGUCCUCACGAAACAAGCCGUCGACCGUCCCUGUUCAGCUCGCCGUCCGACUACGCAAGCACUACUGCCUCCGGGCUGUAUCCCGGUGCUUGGCAGCAGACUACAACAGCUCCAGGUAGCGCGACCAUAUAUUCCUUUGGUACUUCCAGUCAACAGCCUCAACAGCCGCCGCACCCGCCACUCCCUCACCCUCAAGGAACCUUUGUUUCGCAUCAGGGGGUACAAAUAGGUCAGAAUCAGCCACCGUACAUGGGCUCCUCGUUUGACACGCUCCCUCACACAAAUAACGGUCUUUUCCGUGGCCCCAACGUCAGCCAAGGUUCUGUGUCUCAUGGGCAAAACUAUCCGAGCUACAUGCAUCAUGAUUCCAGAGGGUUGCCGGGUGACAUGAAGAUGGAUCCAUCAAAUCGCGGGUUACCGCCGCACUGAGGCGGAACUAGGUAGCGCAAGAUUGGUUCCCUUUUGUCAUGGUUGUUUUCGUGAGUCGACGGAUUCCCAUCAACAUCACUGUUUCCUAUCUUACUGCACAUCCUAGAUGGCGGGAGGGGCAUAUUUCUGCAAUGUUACGCUGGUCAACAGGACAGCGCCCUUCCUGAUUCCGGCGCAGUAAUUCCCACCUCAUGCUUACAUUUACCCUAAUAUGUAUUCGAUACACCUCUCAUGAUAUGGCAUCAACACACACGCACACACGAUUCGAUACAUUGAUAUAGCCAAGCAAUUGGUAAUUAUUUGGACGGAUGGAAUAGGGGAGUGGAAAAGGGUACACGGUGGUGGUCAGAGCAAGGAAAGAGAGGACAUUCAUGGAAGACAUGGUGCCAUCUUACCCGAGACCUUUUGCGGUCGUCGAUAUGGAACAUAAAAAAGGGGCCUGUUCCUCCCGGUUGAUCCUCUCUUCAUCCGUAUUCGCGUUAUCACUUUUCUUGUUUUUUCUGUUUGCAAUUCCAGCGUUCAAAAAGACGGAGGUUGUACGUUCUUUGUCUGCGAGUUUAGGACUCGGCGGCUGAUAGUGUGUUUAUCGUUCUUUCUCAGUUUGUGUGGUGCCCUCCCUUUUUAUUGCGUCUCUUGAGUCUUUGCUUUUUUUCCAGGCGCCACACAAAGUUUUCUCUUUUCCAAGUACAACAUCGCUGCGUGGGUGGCCAAUCUGUCUUUUUCGUCUACACAAUGGCGCAUGUGAGCUUAUUAGUUGAUCUAUUCCCCCCAAGGUUGUUUGAAACGGGGCUCUGGACUGGUUAGGGUGGGUGGCCUUUUGUCGAAUUCGUUUGUUAGUUUCUGCAUAGCUAGUUUAUUGCUUAUCUGAUCGCAUGUUGUUUUUAAUGCCUUGCUGUCGUCAUGUUUGUUGCUGCUACGGUCCAAGUGCCCACAUGUUGCUGCCCUUCAUCUUCACACACUGUAUAUGGCUUCUGCGAGUCUUGCCAAUCAAUACUGUUUGUAUUUCAUUCUUU